UAUUCAUGUCGUAAUGCAAAGCUUGAUAGGCUUUACAAUAAACUGAAGCAGGUCAGUAUAAAUACUUAUUCUUCACCUUCGCAAACUAGGGUUUUAGGGCUUCUCCUCUGCAGGCGUCUCUGGUUAACUUCCGAAGAUCACGAGAGAACAAACCCUAAGACGAAAAAUGGUUAAGGGACGCCAAGGAGAGCGAGUCAGACUCUACGUCAGAGGAACAGUCCUCGGAUACAAGAGGUCCAAGUCGAACCAGUAUCCAAACACUUCUUUGGUCCAGAUUGAGGGAGUAAACACAAAGGAGGAUGUUUCAUGGUACUGUGGGAAGCGCAUGGCGUACAUCUACAAGGCUAAGGUGAAGAAGGACGGUUCCCACUAUCGGUGCAUUUGGGGCAAAGUUAUCAGGCCUCACGGUAACAGUGGCGUCGUUCGUGCUAAGUUCACUUCUAACCUGCCUCCCAAAUCUAUGGGUGCUAGAGUUAGAGUGUUCAUGUACCCCAGCAAUAUAUAAGGACUUCUUGAUGACAGAGAUUGGUCAUUUGAAGCAUCUGCAUUUUAUGUUUUUUCAACCAAAUUUAAAUGUCAUGUUUGUUUAGAAGUGAAGCAGUUUUGUUAUUUUAGGAUAUUGAAUGAAGCCACUAUUCAGGAACUAAUUUAAUAUUGUUUUUCUUA